GACAUUUAGCUGAAGAAAAAAAGAAAAGGAAAUAUAUGAAAGCUACAAAAUUAUUCUACUAUUUUUGGCGGGAAAAGAUAAAGAAAAGAAUUGUAUUUUCAAGGUUGCGAAAUUUCGUAGAAAAAUUAUUAAAAAAGAAAAGAAGAGAAAAAUUAAUUUUCCUUUUUCCAUCACCGUUGAUCGCUUAAAUUCAAUUCCGUGCGAACGAAGAAAUAAUUAUAUAUAUAUAUAUAUAGAAAUAAUUAUAUAAAAACAGGAAAAAAAAUAACAGAGAUCUCGUUUUUUUUCAGAACGAAUGAAUUAAAUCAGUUUUGGUCGAGAGUUGUGGAUUAAAGAAAAAAUAAUUAACGAAUCAUUGUACCUCGAUUUCGAUAAAUCGAGAAAGCCGAUAAUGGUGUUAGUAGAUCACAUAUCUACCUGCUCGUGACAUAAUGUGUGAUACGUUUGAUCACGUCAAUGGUCUCCGUCGUCAUCGGUUACACCAACUUCAUGCAAAGAAAACCGGCGACUGACUCCGCGUCCACGUUUCUUCAACAGUCGACGUUUAGGACCGGCAACGUACAGUGAGUGCUCGUGUACCAUCGAAUUAUUACGAAGGAUUUUCUCAGGAUGGUUAACCAGAUCACUUCGAUAUCAUUUAUAGUGGAUAAUAGUAAUGGAUCCAAAGAGGGAAGCGCAGAUUUUGAAAAAGCCAUCAGAUAUUGCGGAUACGGAAAGUUUCAUUAUGGCUUGAUGUUACUCUGCGGUAUGAUGUUCCUCUCCGUUGGUUUUCAAAAUAGUAUAAAUGCUUACAUCUUACCUUCGGCCGAAUGCGAUUUGAAAUUGUCUUCCGCAGAUAAAGGUCUCUUAAACGUCGCCUUUCUCGUGGGUGGAGUUAUCAGUUCAAUCUUUUGGGGUAUCUUCGCGGAUGCUUACGGUAGAAGAAACGUCCUUUUGGUGACCUUUAUGAUUGAUAGCAUUUUUUCAAUUAUCUCGAGUUUCUCUCAAAGCUUCAACAGUUUACUGAUCUUUCGUGCAAUUAAUGGUUUCACAAUCGGUGCUCCUGGAUCAUUGAUCUACACUUAUCUCGGUGAAUUUCAAUCGGAAAAGUAUAGAUCUAAAAGCAUCUGUUACGUUGGCUUCUUCUGGACUCUCUCUUGGCUCAUAUUACCUGGUCUCGCCUGGAUAAUAAUACCACUUUCGAUUUCCAUCGAGUUCAACGGUAUCUCUUAUAAUUCUUGGAGACUUUUAUUAGCAUCGAUCGGCUUACCAACAUUUUUCGUAGCUCUUGUUACUUUAACUUAUCCGGAAAGUCCCAAAUUUUUGCUUUCACGAGGCAAGACCGAAGAAGCAUUGAGAAUUUUAAAAAAAAUUUAUGCCAUCAAUACCGGUAAAAGAGAGGAGAAUUAUCCGGUGAAAACUCUUUUGUCUGAAAGUACAAUGAACACAAGAAAAGAAGGAUCUUCUUUAUCAGUAUUUGGAUUGUUUACAAUCUUAUUGAAAAACAUUUGGUCUCAAAUUCGAUCAAUCUCCUCGUUUCCACUUUUAAAAUAUGCCAUACUCUGUUGGACGAUAUAUUUCACUAAUAUGUUUGGAUAUUACGGAUUGGGUCUCUGGCUUCCUGAGCUCUUCAAUCGUUUUGAGAUAUAUCAAAAAUUACAUCCAAACGUAACGAUAACCGUUUGCGAAUUGAUAAGAAAAACAGAUAUAUUAAAUCAUUCGAACAUUAAAUCAACAACGUUAAAUGAAUCUGUAAUUCUUCAUCCAUUGAUGAACGCGACGGAGAAAUGUGUUAGUACGAUGGAUAAAAAGGUUUUUACUAAUGCCUUAACGAUCAAUGCCGUUUGUUUAUUGGGAAAUAUAGCAUCUGGUUAUUUCGCAGAUCGGGUUGGUCGUCGAACAAUACCAGUAACUACUAUGUUGAUAGCUGGUGUCUUUGGAUUUGCAACUUACUUCGUCAAAUCUUCCUUACAAAUUCUCGUAGUGACCUGUCUGUUUUCACUGACAAUAGCCACGGCAAAUUUUGUAAUAGGAAGCGUUGUGGUCGAUAUUUUUCCAACGCACGUAGGAGCGAUAGCUAUCUGCAUGAUGACAUGCUUUGGUAGGAUCGGUGCCAUCGCAAGUAAUUUGGCCUUUGGUAUGCUUCUCGAUAUCAGUUGCGAGGUGCCAAUUUUCUUAGUGGGCAGCAUCGUUAUUGCCGGAGGCAUCCUAGGAUUGUUGUUACCAAAAAAAAAUAGCUGAGGAUAAUUUCUGAUAAGCGACGAGUUCAAAAGUAUUCGUCUACUUUUUUGUUUCCUUUUUUCUUUUCUAUCAU